UAUAGGAAGCAUAGUAGUGGAUUAAUGUUUUCAUUUAUCAAUGUCUAAAGAAUAUGAAGAUUCAGAAACAGUUAAAAAACCAAUUGAAACUAUGCCGGAAUCAUUGGAAAAUGAAAUGUCAAUAUCAGAAGAAAUAGUAAAUACUGUAGAACCACAAGAUUUUCCAAAAGAUGAAAUUGUUGAAAAAUUAGAGGAAAACAAUGUAGAGACAUCAUUAAUGAUACAGAACAAUGAAACCUCAAUAGAUGUAGUAAAGGAAAAUGAAGAUAUAAAAGAUACAGAAGUAAUACAUUCUACCAACUGGUCUCAUCACAACUGGAAUAAUCCACCAAAAUUAUUAUGUGAAGCAACUGAAGAAUAUCAACCAACAGAAUCAUAUGAAAAUUUUACAAAGGGAUGUCAAUGGUCUCCAGAUGGAACAUGUUUAUUAGUACCUUCUGAAGAUUUUAGAAUUAGAAUUUAUGAACUUCCUGUAGAAUUAUACUCUCAGAAAAUUCCUUCAAAUUUGCCACUCACAAACUUUCCAGCAGUGGUAACUGCUAAAGAAGGAGGACUUGUAUAUGACACUUGUUGGUAUCCUUUUAUGAAUUCAUGGGAACCUGCAACUUGUUGUUUCUUAAGUACAAGUAGAGAAAGUCCUAUACAUCUAUGGGAUGCUUUUAAUGGUGAAUUACGAGCAACAUAUAGAGCUUAUAAUCAAGUUGAUGAAGUAGAAGCUUCAAUUAGUGUUCAAUUUAUUGACUCAGCCAAAGAAGUAUGGGCUGGCUUUAAAAAUGCUUUAAGAGUUUUUGAUAUGGAACGUCCAGGUCGACAAAUAAAUACUAUUCAAUUUAAGAAAGAUUUUCCAAAUAUAGGAGGAUUAGUUUCCUGUAUUCGAGAAAAUCCAAUUAUGCCAGGAUUAGUUGCUUUUGGUACAUACUCUAAAUGCAUUGGUUUAUAUAGAGAUGGACCAUUAUGUACUUUUAAAACAGGGAGUGGUGUAACUCAAAUUGAAUUUAGUCCUUGUGGGAUGAAAUUAUAUUCAGCGGUUAGACGUACCCAGGAAUUUUUAUGUUGGGAUCUUCGUAAUCCGGGCAAUGUACUGUACUCUUUUCAAGGACGUCAAUCCGAUACAAACCAGAGAAUUCAAUUCAGUGUUACGUCUGAUGGAAAACAAAUAGUUUCGGGCGGUACAAAUGGAGACAUUGCAAUUUGGGAAUUACCGGACGAUAUCGAUUAUGCGGACCUUAAUGCAGUAUAUAAAAUAAAAUUAUCUCGCGACUGUAUAAAUGGAAUAAGCUUGCACAGAAAUUUACCAAUAAUUGCUACUAGUUCUGGACAAAGACUUUGUGAUAGCCCAUUACAAGACAGAGAUAACAGUGUUCGUUUAUGGUUAUUUUCUUAA